AGAAGAAGAAGAAGAAGAAGAAGAAGAAGAAGAAAUGAAAAGUGAUAUUGGAAACAAUAGUGAGACUGCAAGCAAGAGGAGGGAACGCACUCAAGAUUUUUCAAUUGGCUCUGACUCCAUCUCCACUUCUCAUGGCUCCCUUGCAAAAUGAGAGUUGUAAUGCGUCCACCAAGGAACAGUUGGAGGCAGGAAUGCAACAACUUGUGUUCCUGGCUGAGUUUCUACUCCUUGUACGGCCAGACGAAGAGACCUGUGUUAAAAUCUGUAAUUAUGUUGACACAGCCCUUAGCUAUUUUUCAGAGGCUGAACAGAAGGUAGCAUCUCACCUGCUGCUGGUUGAUUCUCAAUCUGAGGCCCUGAUAACAGUCAAGAAACUCAUGCAAGAUAAUCUGAGGGAAAAGCAGAAGAACUUGGUGGAUUUGAAAGUUCAGACUGUUGCCCUUCAAGAAGCUGAGGAGAAAUCAAGGGGAAUGUUGCAAACUGCAGAGUUGUACCUGGAAAACACAAAGGAGAGGCUCAAAUUAGCUCAUGAGGAAACAGAAAAAAACCGUGCAGGACGAGAGAUUGGUAUGCACUUGAUGAUCCUUCCAGGACUCGGGACAAUCAUAGGAGCUGGUGUGUUACUUGGUUAUCAAAUAGCCCUGGAGUCAGCUGAAAAUCUAGUCGCAGAAGCUCAACAAGCAGUAGAAGAAUAUACAACAGAAGUGGCUGGCUUCCACGAUAAGAUUACACACUUCUCCCAAAAGGAACAGAAAUUAAAAGACGGGAUAAAUGCCAUGAAUCAGAAGAUCAUCCAAACCCAAGUCCAGUGCGAUGAGCUGCUUGCUUUCCAAGGGGAUGUUAUAAUGAAGCAGUCCUGGAUCAGAAAAUGCCUUGUGUUCCUGGACAUGCUGGCAGGCAAGGUUCAUGCAGCCGCAGUCAUGUCUCACCAUGCUUUUAUCCCUGAGCUGCUGGUGGAUAUCUUAGGGGACAUUGCACAAGUGAUGGGUGAGAAGGGUGUGGAAGCGUUCCUUGAGAAUCAGAAAAUCCAGGCUUCGGUUCUAGAAAUAAGCAAAGCAGUGAAAACUCUGAAAAGCAGAGGAGGAAAGAGCACAUUGCAAGAUUAUUAAUGUUUCCAUGGCUU